AUGGGAGGAGAGUUGUGUGCCACAAUGAGAAGUGGGUUCUGCAAAAAUCUAGGCAAAUCAUGGAAAAAAAUGGAGAGAGGCUUGAAUGAAACAGUUUCAAAGAGCAAGGUUGGCAAGUACUUCAAGUUAGAAGCUAGGAAGAGCUGUUUCACUAGGGAACUAUGCGCCGGCACCGCCACUUUUCUCACCAUGGCAUACAUCAUCACCGUCAACGCCACCAUCCUUGCCGACUCCGGUGCAACAUGCUCGGUCUCGGACUGCACAGCACCGGCGAACCAAACUGCUGGACCAGAGUGCUUGCUCCAACCUAAUGCUGGUUACCAAAACUGUCUCUCAAAAAUCAAGAGUGAUCUUAUUGUGGCCACUGCCUUGUCUGCUAUGAUUGGGUCAUUUGCUAUGGGCCUAUUGGCCAACCUUCCUUUGGGCCUAGCCCCAGGAAUGGGCCCAAAUGCUUACUUGGCUUAUAAUCUAGUGGGCUUUCAUGGAUCUGGGGUCAUGUCCUACCAGACCGCCAUGGCAGUGGUCUUAGUUGAAGGCUGUGCCUUUCUAGCAAUAGCUGUUUUUGGGCUUCGUGCAAAGCUUGCUCGGCUCAUACCUCACCCGGUUCGGCUGGCUUGUGCAGCAGGAAUUGGGCUUUUCAUUGCCUUUGUGGGCCUACAAGCCCACCAAGGUGUGGGACUAGUGGGCCCUGAUCCGGCCACAUUGGUAACAGUCACAGCUUGCACCGGGACAAAUCCGGUGACCGGGGAGUGCACCGGUGGAACGAUGCGAAGCCCUACAUUCUGGCUCGGCUCGAUUGGGUUCGUAAUUAUGUGUUAUGGGUUAAUGAAGGAGAUUAAAGGUAGCAUGAUCUAUGGUAUAAUGUUUGUAACAUUACUUUCAUGGAUUAGAGGCACAUCUGUGACAAUUUUUCCUAACACCCCACUUGGUGACUCAAAUUACAAAUACUUUAAAAAGGUGGUAGAUUUCCACAAAAUUAAGUCCACUGCUGGGGCAAUUAGCUUCAAUAACUUCAACAGGAGUGAGGUGUGGGUGGCCUUGGUGACUUUAUUAUAUGUUGAUGUGUUAGCUACCACGGGCACAUUGUACACCAUGGCGGAAACUGGAGGAUUUGUAGAUGACAAAGGAAAUUUUGAGGGGGAGUACUUAGCCUACAUGGUAGAUGCAGGCUCUACAGUUGCGGGAUCUGCUCUCGGAGUUUCACCGAUUGCCACCUAUAUUGAAUCAUCGGCCGGAAUACGAGAAGGGGGUCGAACGGGAUUAACGGCCGUGAUCAUCGGAAUAUAUUUCUUUUUAUCAUUAUUUUUCACACCCCUAUUGACUAGUGUACCACCAUGGGCUAUUGGUCCAUCUCUAGUGAUGGUAGGGGUGUUGAUGAUGAAGGUGGUUAAGGACAUAGAUUGGAGCAAUAUUAAGGAGGCUGUGCCUGCUUUUGUUACUAUGCUGUUAAUGCCACUCACUUAUUCCAUAUCCAAUGGGAUUAUAGGUGGGAUUGGACUAUACAUUAUGCUUGGAUUGUAUGAUUAUAUUGUGGCUGGGAUUAAGUGGCUGAUCAAGAUGAAGAAAAUGGUGGUCAGGGAACAAAAUCAAGUGUCUGCUUCAGCUGCUGCUGCUGAUCCAAUGGCUGAAAUGAUCUGA